GGAUGAGGCGCUGGCUGCCGUGGGCCGCUCUGUGGCUUCUGCUGGUCCUGGUGCUGCCCGACGUUCAGGCCGGGGGGGGACACCGGAACCAGGAGGCGGACCGACGCAGAGGGAAGAGAAGGCGGGACGGACAGGGUUACAUCCGGACCAGCGAGGGGCGCUCCAAGCCCCUCAAGAUCCGGCUGGUUCCCGGUCCAAACGUAACGGAGAACCCGGCGGGGAACCAAGGAGAUGCUGGAAUCCUGACGUUCUACAGGGGCGGCCCGGAGCUGCAGUCCAGCUACAACGUCAUCCCAGUUCCCAGUGACCCCGAGGAGCCCGUGGCCCCGCUGACCCAGGAGGAGAUCCAGAGGAUCCUGUGGCGGGAGGAAGAGGAGCACCGAGAGGAGGAGGAGCGUCUGAGGAAGAAGGAUGAGGCCCGGAAGAAGAGGAGGAGGGAGAGGAAGGAGCGGGAGGAGAUGCAAAGGAAGAUGGUGGAGGAGAGGAGGAGGGAGGAAGAGGAGGCUCUGAGGCUGCAGCUGAUGAAGGAGGAGGAGGAGUGGAGGAGGCAGAUAGAGGAGGCGGAGGAGAAGAGGCGCCAGGAGGAGGAGAGGGGCAGAGAGGAAGAGGAGAAAAGGAGAGAGGAGGAGGAGAAAAGGAGAGAGGAGGAGGAGGAGAGAAGGAGAGAGGAGGAGGAAAUAUGGAGAGAGGAAGAGGAGAGAAGGAGAGAGGAGGAAGAGCUACAGAGGGAGGCGAAGGAGGAGGUGGAGGUGUGGCUGAGAGGAGAUGUGUUCCAGAUGCCCUCAGAAGAAGAAGAAGAAGAAGAAGAAGAGCGCCUCCCAUCUCCGGUCCCGACGCCUCCUGCUGCGACAGAUGAGCUGAAGGAGGAGGAAGCAGGAGAGGUGGAGGAGGAAGAGGAGGAGGAGGAGGUGGGGAGCAGAGGAAGCCUUCCUCCAGGCUGUGACAUCUCUGACGUUACCCUGACCUGCGAGAACGCCCGACUGACCCACUUCCCUCCGCUGAGCGUCCCGGAGCUCAAGUCCCUGAGCCUGGAGGGAAACAACAUCAGCAGCAUCCCAGCAGAUGCCUUCAACGGCAUUCCCAACCUGGAAUGGAUCAACCUGAAGAAGAACAAGCUCACCUCUGCUGGAAUUGAUGCCAAAGCUUUCACGGGCCUGAAGAUGCUGAGGCGUCUCUACCUGGACGAGAAUCUUCUAGACAUGGUUCCUCCUGACCUCCCCUCCACCCUGCAUGAGCUGAAGAUCAACGAGAACAACCUGAGAGGAAUAGAUGAGAACAGCUUCCAAGGUCUGGGCAGCCUGGUGAUUCUGGAGCUGGAGGGGAACCUGCUGAGCGAAGGGAACGUCAACCCGCGGGCCUUCGCUCCUCUGAUCCAGCUCUCCUACCUCAGGCUGGGAAGAAACUUUUUCCGGACUGUCCCGCAGGGUCUUCCCAAGUCGCUGCUGGAGCUGUAUCUGGAGAGCAACCUGAUUGAGGAGAUCUCAGAGACGGUGUUCAAUCAGACCACCAACCUCAACGUGGUUUCUCUGAGACACAACAGGCUGGACGAGACCAAGAUCGCCCCCAUGGCCUGGUUCAACCACAGGAACUUGGAGUCCAUCGACUUGUCGCAUAAUGAACUUUACCUGGUUCCAUCCUACCUGCCCAAGUCUUUGGUCCACUUGGUGCUGGCGGGAAACAACAUAGAGAGGAUACCUGGUUACAUCUUCGCCCACAUGGAUCCUGGUCUGGAAUACCUCUACCUGUCCUUCAACAAGCUGGAUGGAGAGGGAAUCGAACCCGAGUCCUUCUUCGGCGUCUACCACUCCAUGACGGAGAUGUGCCUGGACCACAACCAGCUGAUCCACGUGCCGCUCGGAAUCAGCGAGAUGACCAACCUGCACUUCCUCCGACUGGACAACAACCGCAUCAGGAGCAUCUCUGAAGACAGCAUCUGUGACCCGGAGCAGCAGGAGGAAGCGACUCUGGUGGCCCUGAGGAUGGAGAACAACUACAUCGACCCCGACAAGGUGUCGCCUUCCGCCUUCUCCUGUGUCCGCUCGGCCUCCAGCGUGGUCCUGAAACCUCAGAAAACCGCCUGAGGAUCCACAGAACCACGGACUAACAGACAUUUCUUUAAGCGUUUUGGUUUGGAGUCGGUCCGAAUAGGAAAGAACGGCCCGUCAGAACCUCCUUCUGAUGUUCAGGAACAACAGGACUAGAUGUGAUUUACCUUGUGGGACAAAGAGCUUCCCCGACCUGCCUGGGCUUCAUCUGUACCAGCGUGACGUGUUGGGUUUGGUAAAUGGUUCUGCUGGGUCACACGGACCACCUUUGGCUGUUAAGUCGAUGACUGAACUCCUCCAGGCUUCAGAAACCAAACACAUCUGUGUCCUUUGGUAACAUGUACGACUCUGUAAAGUGGAAAGAACUCCUUCCCCGGAGGCUGUAAAAUACUAAUAAAGAAAUGGAAAGAAUUUCUCUGCA